CUGACGCUGUAAUGAACCGCAAGGACAGUGAGAGCCUCUUGCCCCUGGAAGAGGCCUUCCUGGAGGAGGAGGCCCUGUUGCUGGAAGAGGCGGAGGUGAAGGGGGGCAACCAACCUGGCGAUGGGGCCUGUAGGCCUGACCAGCACCUGGCGGGCCCCGGGCUGGAGGAGGCCUGCGGCCCGCCGCCCCUGGCAGAGGCUAGCAAGCCGGAGGAGCCGGUCGCUCCCUUGGGGGAGGAUCCAGAAAAGGAGGAGGAGGAGGAAGAAGAAGAGGAGAACGAACUGGGGGACCCGGCUGUACUCCAAGUCAUCCAUGGCAUCCAGGUGCUGGAGCGAGGGUGCCUGGGCUCCCCCCGGUUCACGAGCCCCAACGCACGAGGGAUGAGUCCCGUCUCCCUGCGGUUCCUGCGGCAGGCCCUGGACUUUCUGUCUCCGACCCCCUUCCGGCCCGGGCUUCCCAGCCCCGACUCCCCAGCACGACACUUUGGGCCCCAGCUGCCCUGCCUGGACCCGUGUUUCUGCAGCCCUCCGGCAUCGUGGCUGCCCAGACUCAGUUCUCCUAGCCACCUGACCCAGCUGCACCCACAGCACCAACGCAUCCUGCAGCUGCGUGGCCGAACCCGGAGCCCUCCUCCAAAGAAGCCGUGGGGCCACCAGCCAGACCCCUACUCAGAGCUCAUGACCCAAAAGGAGAAGGAGUGGGUCAUCAAAGUUCAGAUGAUGCAGUUGCAGAGUGAGAAUCCCCAACUGGACGACUAUUACUACCAGGAAUACUACCGGAAGCUGGAGCAGAAGCAGACGGAGGAGGAGCUGCACGGGCGGAGGAGCCGGCUAGAAUCGCCCAAGCUGGUGACACCCUACAUCCAGAAGACUGAAGCCUACGAGUCGGUGGUCCGCAUCGAGGGCUCGCUAGGCCAGGUGACCGUGUCCACGUGCUUCAGCCCCCGUCGGGCCAUCGAUGCGGUGCCUCACGGCCCGCAGGAGCAGGCUCCUGGGGCUGUGGGAGACCAGAGAUUGAGAACGCUUUACAGGAUUGAGAAGACCUACCUGCAGCUGCUGGAGCUGGAAGAGAGUCAGCGAGGCCUGCUGCCGGCCUCCCACGAGCAGUUCCACCCGCAAGUGGAAAAGCUCUAUCGAGCCCUGAAGAUAGGGGAGCAGGACAUGGACGAGGCGGUGGAUGAGUUCCUGCAGGUCCUGUGCGUGCGGAAGGGGAAGGCCUUGGUGGCGCGGCUGUUACCCCAGCUGCCCCGGGGCCAGGCGCUGCUGCUUCUCCUGGCCAUCGCUGGUCACCUGCCCUUCCUGGUGCGCAGGGACACCGCUGACCAGGCCCUGCCCCUGCUGUUCAAGCCCCUGGGCUCCUGCAUCAGUUGCCUGCCCCUGGAUGAGCUCCUGCAGGUGCUGCAAGGGCUGCUGCUGGUGCCACCCGAUGCCCUGGAGAGGCCAGUCCCGGUGGCCCUUCAGAACCAGUUUGGCAUCUCCCUGCUAUUCGCCCUGAUGAGCCGCGGGGAGCAGCUAGUCUCCUUGGACUGCAGCCUGGAUCAGCCUGCUAGGAACCUUGCCAACUGGACGAAUGUGGUGGUCCUGGUGGCCCAGGAGAUCUCCCAGAUACCCACGGCCUCCCUGGCAGAGCCUCUGGUCCACCCCAAAAACCUCCUCUCUCUCUUCUGCCACUAUGUGGGAAAGCAGGUGGAGCCACCACUGAAGCCCUGGAUGGAGGACAGUCCGGGCCCGCCGACCAGCCCGAGCCAGGACAAGCUAAUAGUCCCUCGGCACACCAGCCGGUCGGAGCGGAGGCAGAAGCCGCCGACGCCGCAAGGCUCAGCUGAGUCGGACCCCGGGCCUGCGGGUCAGAGUGCCGCCGAGGGCCUUGGUGGCUUCUCCUGGGAUCCUCCCUCUCGUCCUCCCUAGUGGGGAUGUAGGCCGGAGGGAUGGAGUGGAGAGUUCAUUAAAAGGCUAG